CUGUAUUUGUGGCUGUAUUUUUCACUUCAGUGCUCUUGGCUUGCCUUCCAUACGAUAUUUAUAGUUUACUACAAGGAAACCUUAUCUUUUGCACCUCUUUAGUAAUAAGAAACAAAAUAAUCAGUGUUUGGAAUAAGAAAAAUCCCAUGAUCUUAAAAAGUGAAAGUGACAAUGGAAGGUCAAGACCAGAUGGAGAUGAAGUUCAGUGGCAACAGCGAGGUGGGCGGCCUGGAGCUCUGCAUUGUGUGCGGAGACAGGGCUUCUGGAAGACAUUAUGGAGCUAUUAGCUGUGAAGGCUGCAAAGGAUUCUUCAAGCGUUCAAUCCGCAAGAAGUUGGGCUACCAGUGCCGAGGCAGCAUGAACUGCGAAGUCACCAAGCAUCAUCGGAACAGAUGCCAGUAUUGCCGUCUGCAGAAGUGUUUGGCUUGCGGCAUGAGGAGCGACUCGGUCCAGCAUGAACGCAAGCCCAUCGUGGACAAGUCUAAGGGCGAGCAGAGGGAAGGUCUGCAUGAUAGACAGGCCGCUUACUCCAAGUUCUUGGGGUUGGCUGGUCAGGCUCAGGCGGGGCAGGACGUAUAUUCUCAGAUAAAUCCUAAGGAGGAGCCUCACGAGGCGUACGGCGCGGUGUCGCCGGCGCCCGCCAUCAAUUUCGCGCUCGCCGCCGCCGUCGCUUUCAAUAAGGGGAACCCGGUAUCACCAUACUUAACUCCGGGUAACGCUGGGGACAUAGAAGGCGCUCGCAGACAACAGUUGAUGUUGCAAACACAACUUGCCAAGAAUCUCUUCAAAAUGGGACAGUUUGGUGCAAUAAAUGAGUAUCUUCAGUCGGCUUACGGCACGACACAGCCAGAAGUGCCGCUAGCUGCCUUACACGCCGCUGCCGAAACACAACAGACUGAACCGGAAGGCGGCGGCGGUAUACUAAGCACCCCCGAGUCAGUGCAGCUGUGCGUGUCCCUCCCGGGCGCUGCGCCCGCGCACCUGCGCUUACACGCGGUGUGCGAAGCUGGAGCCCGACUUCUGGCCGCGGCCGCACGCUGGCUGCGAGCUGUGCCAGCUGCGCAUGCCUUGCCUUUCGAGAUCCAAGUGACACUUCUAAAGAAGUGCUGGCCGGAGCUGUUCGUGCUGUCGCUGUCGAUGUUCAGCCAGCAGCUGUCGCUGAACUCGCUGCUGCCACAGAUGGUCAGCCACCUUCAGCAAGUGCUGCGGGACAGAGCUAGCAGCGACUGCGUGGAUAGAUCGCAUGAUAUGGCUGUGCCUGAGAUCACACCAUCAGACUACUCAGACGAGCGGAUAGCUGAAGUGAGCAGCAGUCUGACGCGGCUGCAGCAGUUCAUCAGCAACAUGGAACAACUUCGUGUGCAACAGAGGGAGCAUGCUCAUCUUAGGGCGCUGUGUCUGUUCUCGCCUGACGGCGUACCAGACUUCCUAACCCGCAAACUUCAAGACUAUCAAAUCAAGGUCCUCCGUUCCCUCCGAGCCACCUGUCAGCCCGACGAGGAUCGUCUGUCGACGCUGCUGCUGCAGCUGCCGGUGCUCAGGAGCUUCUCCGGGCCCUUCCUGGAAGACGUGUUCUUUGUGGGCUUCGUGGGCGACGUCAGCAUCGAUGACGUCAUACCUUAUCUGUUGAAUGCUGAGCGCUAGGUUAGGGAGAGUGAUGUGAAUAGGCUUCUGAUCAAGAAAUUUUGAAAAUUUUCUUCGUAGUAUUAGUUAACAGUGACAAGAUAAAAAUUGACAGGCCCAAAGGCGAUUUUUAACCCAGUUUUUUUAUUGAAUUGUAUGGUUUUUUCUUGACUAGGUAAUUUUUUUAGGGAAAUCUGAUUGUGUCCGAGGUGUUCGCUAUACUUAUAAGAAAGCCCUAAUUAUGAAUGAUUAUAUCUAUUGUUGAAAACUGCGAAUGCAGUUGCGUACGAAUGUGGUUUUAAAAUAGUGGCCUAUUUCACAAUAGCUUUAUAUUCAUCAUAGAAUUCUAUGUUCCUGUUUCACCAUUUCUGAAAAACCCAUGUACUUCAAAAUAAUAAGGGACUGGUAUUUUUGGGAAAUAGUGAAAUGGCGACUAUUAUAAGCCAGUAUGUAAGAUAAGUGUUAACGGUGCUCUGCUUGUGCAAGCGAUCAUUCCUUCCAACUAAAUAUUAGUUGUAAUUCAAGAAGCUUGUAGAUAUAACUGGAGACCAAACUAUGUAAAAAUUGUUGGGAGUCUCAAAACAUAAUAUUCAAAUACUUAACAUGUUAUGAUAUGAUAAAACUAGAUCAACAACAGCUAUUUGUACUGAAAAGCGGCUAAUUUGUAUAAAUAAUAUUUUUGUAACAUUCGCCUCAUUUUCUAAAACAAGUGUCUAAGGUCUGUUUAACUUUGUAAUAUUUAACACUGUAUACGUUUUUUAUCAAGCAGUUUGUCUGUGUAGGUUUUUUUUCACUUUGGUGUCUAGUUAUUUCUAUACCUUCUUGGUUGUAGUUAAAUUAAUAUUUUAAAUAGAGUUACAUAAUUAUGUGUCAAAAAUAAUUUUAUAAAAUAAACUUUGUAAUGUUGCCGUUACAAAAAAUGUAUGGUACACACUCAAGUGUUGCUAGUGUAUCAGAAUUUAUAAUUAAAGAAUUAACUUUUAAAAUGUAAUCAUAGAUUAAUUAUAAGACUACAUAGCAAAUAUUUUAUUUAUAAAAAAAAACAACUGAUUGGAUAGUUUAUAUUAACGUUUUAAGAAUGUAUGUUUACUUAAUUUUUUUGACAUAAUAAUCUUGGUAUUACAAGAUGACCAGUGAACAUAAGAAACUUUAAAUAAUUUAAGUUAUAAGUGCCUUUGACUUAAAAGACCUAAUAAAUUGAUAUACACAUUUUA